AUGCCGCCCUCAGUACCAGAAGCUCAUAGACGGCGACUCGAUCUACACCUGCUCAAACCUUGGAACCAGUUCUAUAACGUCGAGAUCAAGGUCGACAUCGCCGACCUCCAACAUGCCAAAUCCCAACACGCCAACCUCCAACAGGCCGACCUCCAUCAGGCUGAUGAUGAAGAUGCAGAUAGGACCAUUACAUUGACGGCUUUCGGUACACAAGGAACUUGCAGUCUUCCGCUCGACAACACCGUGGAAUUCCCCCCGAGAGCUGUAACACCGGUUGGCCCUGAACAGGACCUUCUACGAUCGAUCCAUCACGAAGCAGCCACGUUUUAUAGCUCCCACAAUGUCUUAUCGAUCCCUACUCCCCAUCGUGGCCCUAGGCCAAAGAAUUGGGAGGAACCUAUUGCUAUGGCGCGAGCUCUUGAUGGAUCUGCCCUGGUGGCUAUUGGUGUUCUACUGGAAGAAAUUGCAAAAGACCAGGUAGAAAGUGCCCUUUGA